AUUAGAAUGCAGUUUAGAACGCUGACUGUCGGCACUGGGGAAUCCGCCACUAUUAGCCUCAGUGAAGACGGCGGUUUUAACGAUUUGCGCUGGAGACAUAAUUAUGGUGAUGUAGUUCAAAUGUGGAAUGGUAACUCGUCUGUUACGAUUGAAAAUAUACGCGCUAAAGAUGACGGGGUAUAUGAAUGUUAUAGGAGUGGUAGUCCCAGUGACAACCGCGGUGUAAUGAGACUCAUUGUCAGAGAUUGUCCGCUGCCAAAAUGGAGUCCCCCUGAAUGUGAGAUUGAUUGUCCUGUGUGUUAUAACGGUGGAGUUUGUGACGACAAGACCGGUAUAUGUAUUUGCCCCGCAGGCUUCAAAGGAGAAUACUGCCAAACAUCUUGUGGAAGCAACAACUGGGGUCGUAAUUGUGAUGUUGUUUGUUCUACUGGAGUUGACGAAGGUUGUAAAGGAAAGCUUUUUUGUCCGCCUGAUCCUUUCGGAUGCACCUGUAUCAACGGAUUCGGAGGCAACAAUUGCAGUAUAGAAUGUGCUAACAAUCACUAUGGAGCAGAUUGCCGUCAAGUAUGUCAUUGCGAUUCAGGUGAAUGCGACCGAAAGACAGGGAAUUGUAUAUCCGAGUCAUCUUGUUCUAAUAAUUACACAGGACCAGCGUGCCAAGAAUUACUGCCAGGCCUGUCCUGUCCAUCUGGUUUCUUUGGUGUGUUGUGUAACUAUCCAUGUCAUUGCAAAGGCUCUGCUGAUUGUAAUCGUAAUGGAAGUUGUGACAAUGGAUGCCACGAAGCAUGGGCUGGAGAGGACUGCAGCAUAGCACUACCUUACAGCUCCAAACCGCCAACACUCUUGAAUCAAACAGCUACCACCCUAAAGAUUGCCGCCUGCAGCUGGGAUUCAGUUCAAGACUUUGGAACAGGGAAUAUUACAAGAUGUACGCUAUGGUAUAAAACAUCGCAGACAAGUACGUUCACUACAGUUAAUAAUACUGAAAAUGGUGUAUAUAUCAUCGACAAUCUUAGGCCUACACUACACAUGACUGUUGAAUUCUACACACAACACUCGAGAUUAGUUGCCGGCGUAGAAACCAAUGGACCACCUAGUAAUCAUGGAUCAGCAGAGACUAUAUGCACAAAGCCUUUAGAAGAGCCAGAAAUAGAAUCGACAACAGUUAAAGGUAAUGAGAUUAUCUUAAAAUUGAAGCCUGUAUCAAAUGCUCCCGAGCAAAUCCAAUGCGAUGAUAUACUUCGUUAUCAAGUGCGACACCAAAACAAAAAUGGAAAUGAACAUGGCAUUGUCAACACAACGGAUGGCUUACAAACAGAAGUCAACAUAGGAUUAUCACCAGGAUGUGUUUUUUAUCACGUCGACUCUAGAGUUGUUAAUAACGCAGAAAUUACUGGAGAUUGGGGAAAGCCAAUAUCGGUACAAUCAGCGCCCUCAGCGCCCUCAAUUACCAACAAUUCAGUAUUGGAAAGAACGUUUUUAUUAAUGAAAUGGAAUGCUGCUACCUGUAACAGCACCCAAUAUAAAUUGAGUUACCAUUAUCAACUAGAAGGAGUCCACCAAGGAAGUACAACAAAAACUGAAGUUCUUAUAGAUGACGGAAUUGUACCUUGUACUCAGUACACAUUUUCAGUUUUAGCAUCGUAUAUGAACAUUAGCAGCAUUACUGAUCAUAUGGAGGUCAUGUCUGGUGUUGACUAUCCUGGAAAACCAACAAUUAGUUUGUUAACAUCAACGUCUUCAUCAAUCACACUGGAAUUGACAUUAUCUAAUGAUAAUCCGUGUACAAUACUUGGAUACAAUGUGCUUGUAUAUAGUGAUUUACAGAAUUUAAAUUUCACUAUGGAUAUCACAGCGACUUCACUGACAAUUAAUGAAAAUAUAAUGCCGAAUACCAAAUACACUGUCCAGAUUGCAGCCAGAACUCAAAAAGGCUUCGGUAAUUUCUCAGAUGCUGGUUAUGUGUCUACCGAUGCAGAUAACCCUGGCAAAGGUGCUAUAGUAGGUGGUGUUAUCGGAGGUUUAUCUGUGGCAGCCGGUGCGAUUGUUUUUGUCUUGAUUUUUGUUAAACGACGCCGUAAUUCAAGCAAAGAAGUUGUUAGACAUGAUGUUGCUCAAAAACAAGUUGUUUUCGACUCAGAAAAUGAAUUGAUGCCUGCAGUUGAGGGUCAUGCUAAUGCAGUAGAUGUGAAAAGUCCGAAUGAUGAGGAUGAUGGUGCUCCUUUAACUGAAAACAUGUACGCGAACUCUGAACCUGUUUAUGGAAAUACAAACUUAGAAAAUCAGGAAUACAGACCGAUUGAAUUAGCAUUUCUGCACGAUUACGUGAAGAAACAAAACAGUAGCUUAAAAAGCGGAUUUGAAAAGGAAUUUGAGGACAUUGGCAACACGCCCCUGUAUCCCUGGACCGCUGCAAAACACGCCAAGAAUAGAACUAAAAACAGAUAUGCAAAUGUUAUUCCAUGUGAGUAUCAAUACAAAUAA